GCAACCAACAGCAGCAGCAGCCAGCAAACCAAACCUCUAAACAUGGCAUUCAAGUUCGUCGCCCUCUUCGCCCUGAUCGCCGCCGCCAGCGCCGGAGUUCUUCCCGUCCAGCAGGUGUACCACGCCGCCCCCGCCGUGGCCACCUACGCCCAUGCCCCGGUCGCCGUGGCCCACGCCCAGCCCGUGCUGGCCAAGGCCGCCGAAGAGUAUGACCCCCAUCCCCAGUACAAGUACGCCUACGAUGUCCAGGAUUCCCUCUCCGGAGACUCCAAGAGCCAGGUGGAGGAGCGCGACGGUGACGUGGUCCGCGGAGAGUACUCCCUGAUCGACGCCGAUGGAUACAAGAGGACCGUCCAGUACACCGCCGACCCCAUCAACGGAUUCAACGCCGUGGUGAACCGUGAGCCCCUGGUCAAGGCCGUCGCCGUUGCCCCUGUUGUGAAGACCGUUGCCGCUCCCGUUGCCCACUACUCCGCCCCCGCUGCCUAUGCCUCCUACGCCGCCCCCUCUGUGGCCCACUAUGCCGCCCCUGCCGUCGUGAAGACCGUGGCUCCAGUUGCCCACUACGCCGCCCCUGCUGUCGUCAAGACCGUUGCCCCAGUGGCUCACUACGCUGCUCCUGCCGUAGUCAAGACCGUGGCUCCAGUGGCUCACUAUGCCGCCCCCGCUACCUACACCUCCUACGCCGCCCCCGCUGUUGCCUACCACCACUAAGAACUGAUUCCACUGCCAAUUUUUAUUAUAGUUUUACGAAC